UGGAAUCAGUUCAGUGUUGAAGUGAGUGGAAAAAUCCAAUCGCAGCCUCUGUAAAUUCAAAAUGAACGGUAGUCUCACUUCUUCGGAAGGGUCUGUCUCUUGCAAUAUUAAAUGUGUUCUGUGAACGGGCAAUCACUGACCUGUUCCACCGUUUCCGCUGUCCCCUUGCAUCGGUGGGCGGGGGUAAACGUAGUACCGCCACGGACUGUGGUUAAAACUGGAGCGAAAGGGAGGAGGAAUCAACAGUUUUAUCCGGACUCUCCUGAUCUCUCUGGAAAAUGGAACCAACGCUGAACGCCCACAACCGCAUCCUAAUUCGAGGAGGGAAAGUGGUGAAUGAGGACUGCUCGGAGUUUGCCGACGUCUACAUUGAGGAUGGAUUCAUCCAGGGUGUGGGGCUCGAUUUACCGCUGCCUGCAGGGGCGAGAGUCAUCGACGCAUCCGGCAAAUUUGUCCUGCCAGGGGGCAUCGACACACACACUCACAUGCAGUUCCCUUUUAUGGGUUUCGAAGCUGUCGAUGAUUUUUAUCAUGGAACUAAGGCUGCUGUGGCAGGAGGUACGACCAUGAUAUUGGACUUUGUGAUCCCUCACAAAGGUACCUCUUUAUUAGAAGCUUAUGACAGAUGGAAGAGCUGGGCAGAUCCCAAAGUCUGUUGUGAUUACUCAUUCCAUGUAGCUGUGACCUGGUGGAGUGCAAAGGUGAAAGAAGAAAUGGAAAUAUUAGUUAAUGAGAGGGGUGUGAAUUCCUUUAAGAUGUUCAUGGCAUACAAAGAUCUCUUCAUGCUUCAGGAUGACGAAUUGUAUUCCAUCUUCUGUCACUGUAAGAAGUUGGGAGCAAUUGCUCAGGUUCAUGCUGAAAAUGGACAUAUAAUAUCAGAGGGUGCAAAGCAGAUGCUUGCAAUGGGAAUUUUUGGACCUGAAGGUCAUGAGCUUUGUCGACCUGAAGCAGUAGAGGCUGAAGCCACACAAAGGGCAAUUACUAUAGCCAGUUUUGUUAACUGUCCCAUCUAUAUAGUCCACGUAAUGAGUAAAUCUGCUGCUAAAGUGAUUGCUAGUGCACGGAGAGAAGGGAAGGUUGUUUUUGGGGAACCUAUUGCAGCCAGUCUAGGAACUGAUGGGACUGCAUAUUGGGACAAAGACUGGCGCAAAGCUGCAGCUUAUGUCAUGGGACCUCCACUACGACCUGACCCCACUACACCGGGAUACCUCAUGGACUUGUUGGCUAAUGACGAUCUCACUGUGACAGGAACUGACAAUUGCACAUUCAAUGGCUGCCAAAAGGCUUUCGGAAAAGAUAAUUUUACGAAGAUUCCAAAUGGAGUGAAUGGCGUAGAAGACAGGAUGUCCAUCAUUUGGGAGAAAGGAGUGCACAGUGGUAAAAUGGAUGAGAAUAGAUUUGUAGCUGUGACCAGCACCAAUGCAGCAAAGAUAUUUAACCUUUAUCCCAGAAAGGGGAAAAUAGCCAAAGGCUCUGAUGCUGAUGUUGUUAUUUGGGACCCAAAUGCUGUCAGGACUAUUUCAGUUAAAACACAUCAUCAGGCUGUGGAUUUCAACAUCUUUGAAGGUAUGGUCUGCCAUGGGGUCCCUUUGGUUACCAUCUCACGAGGAAAGGUGGUGUUUGAUCAUGGAGUCCUACAUGUUGUGCCAGGCGACGGAAAAUACAUUCCACGGAAGCCAUUUGCAGAAUAUGCCUUUAAGCGAAUUAGACAACGUGAUCAGGUUUGCCAGCCCAAGCCAGUACAGAGAGAGCCCUACAUGGGUGAAUGAGCACCACUGCCCUGUAAAGACAAAGAGACAUGAAUACACCAAAGAUUUUCCUGUCUGAAAUAUAUCAUCUGUUAAUAAAUUGCAAUUGUUGCUCCAGCAAGUGCUAAAUGCUUUUGCAGUUUGAAGCACAAAUGAUUUUGACUGAAGAUUUAUUGUGUGUUUGCCUUUAUUUCCCUGGAGAAUCCACUGCAUUGAAUCAGUUCUUGAGAGAUGAUGGAAUUACUAAAAAGAAGUUUGUCUACUGUACAAUAUACAAGUCAUUAUGACUGGAUGCAAAACAAUGGUGAAAUACUCAGCAGAUCAAAUAGGAUCUAUGGAGAGGGAUGAAGCACAAGAACACAGAUGCUGAAAAUUUUGAGCAUAAAUCAAACAGCUGGAAUAAUUCAAUGUGUUAAGCAGCAUCUGUAGAGUUAAAAGGAUGGUUGACAUUUUGGGUAUAAAACUUUGAAUCGGCACACACAGUUUCAAUUGAUCACUUCUGCAUUCCACUCUAGCAAAAACAUUUGUGCUGUGCUGUCCUCCUGCCUUCCACUUUUCACUGGAUAUUCUCAAUUUUUAACAUUUUCUAGACUUACCAAAGGGGUAUUGAUCUGAAAUAUUAAUUCUACUUCUUUCCAUGGAACAGAAAAAUAUCUGCUGGAAAAACUCAGCCAUUCAAUUAGCAUCUGUAGAGACAAAGGGUAGUUGAUGUUUUAGACUGAGAGCAAAAAGUAAUUUACAUAAACAAUGAAUAAAAGAGGUCCCACGUGGCCCCGCUCGUCCCAGGCCUCCAGUCCGAGAACGGACCUUUAACCAUCACCUUCUGCUUCCUAUCAUUGAGCCAAUUCUGAAUCCAUCCCGCUAGCUCUCCCUGAAUUCCAUGCAACCUCAUUUUCCAGAUCAGCCUGCUAUUUGGGGUCUUGUCUUACUAAACUCCAUCUAGACAACAUCCACUAUCCUAUCUUAUUCUAUUCCCUUAGUUAUUUCUUCAAAAAUCUCCAAAAGAUUCAUUAGGAUUGACCGCCAUGCACAAAAACAUGCUGACAAUCCUUGAUCAGGCCUUGACUACCUAAGUGAUCUUUUCCCUCAGAAUUUCCUCCAGUAAUUACGCCACAACUGAAGACAGGAUCACUGGCCUGUAGUUCCCAGGCCUAUCCUUGAACAAUGGAUCAUUAUCCACCCUCCAGCUUUCUGGAACUUCACCAGUGGCUAAUGAUGAAGCAAAUAUCUCUAAAGGGCCUCCAUGAUUUCUUCCCAGACUUCUCUUAGGAUCUGUCAUUGCACCUGGUCAAGCCCUGGGGUUUGCUCUUGUUAAUGUGCUUCAAGGCCCAAAUUCCUCCUUUCUUGUUAUACAUAAAUGACCCAAGACCUUGCUACUUAUUACCCUCAUUUCAUUGGUAUCCAUGUUAUUUUUCUUAGUACACACUGAAGAAAAAUAUAUAUUAAACAUCUCAAUCAUCUCCUGCAGCUCCACAUAGAAGCGGCCAUGAUGGUCUUUAAGAGGACGUAGACCUUCCCUAGUUUCUCUUUUGCUGUAAAUGUAACUGAAGAACCUCUCAGGAUAAUCUUUAAUCUUGCCUGCCAAAUCCAUCUUGUCCCUGAUUUUUCACCUCCUGACUUCCCUCCAAAGCCUGGUGUUUUAUCUUUUUAUAUUAAUAAAAAGGACUCCUAAUAUGACUUUUUUAAAAGCCUCCCACUUGUCAUCUGUUCCUUUGACUUUAAAUAGAGUCAGCCAGUGGACUCCAGUCCUAACGCCCUCAAAGCUGGCCUUACUCUUGUGCACGACUUUAACUUGUGACCUGUUCUAUCUUCCUCCAUAACUCAUUUAAAACUGAUAGAAUUGAGAUCACUGGACCCAAAAUUCUCCCCAACUGUCACUUUUGUUACUUAGCCUGCCUUGUUCCCCAAGAGGAAAUCUAGUAUUGCUCCUUCCCAAAGUAGGUGUUCUAUAUAUUGUGUGAGGAAACUCUCAUGGACAUACCGCCUAGAGCCUGCUGCACCAGGCCCUGUAACAAGUAAAUUGAAGUGUAAUGAGUCCUUACACAAAAUAUGAAAAAUGCAUUUAUUUCAGUUUGAGUUUCAGUGAUAUUAUUUGGCAACACUCUUCUAGACUAAAACUUUGUUAAUACCAGGAGAUUUACCUUCAGUUUGCAGCUGACCAGGAAAUCAAGGGGUUUCCAUGCUUGAGAAAAAAUGUCUCUAUUUUCAGCCUUUACGUUUGCUUCCUUCACGUCAAUAUAUAUUGGGUUUGCAACUUUGUACAAAACAUAAGAUCAGUUCCAUAAAGUGCUAUCUUUGUGCUUAACUUUGUUCUUGGGUCUUAUGUACAUUUGUCAUGUGUAUGUCUAAAUGAGCAAACGUUGGUGUGAUUAAAACACGCUUACCUGAUAUAUUGCCAGAUUUAUACCUUGCCAACACAUCGUCAAAACCAAGCUGGAGGAUUAUUAAGUGAAUGGGUUCUUCUGAUGCAUUAACUUGUGGUAAUAAUAUACUUUGGCUUUCAUAGAUUCCUGGAGUAAUAAACUGUGGCAAAGAAUUUAAAUUCUGAUAGGUAUCUAUUUAUUCUAAUUACCCUGGACCUGUUUUACAUCAAAAAUAUUUGUUGAAUAUGCCAUCCAUAAAUCCAAUCAUUUGCCUCAAUAAAUAUGUUUGCUAUCUUU